GAAGUCUAACCGGAUGAACCGGUUAGUUAUGCCGAGGGCAGCGGGUUUCUCUCCUUCUCGAGCCGAUCUUUAUUUUACCGGCUCAGCCGGUAUUUACGCGGUCAACUUCCCAGUGAGUCUUGGGCCGCUUGCAGAAGGAAUAGCAGAAAAAUCCGGUUGCCGUGCUGGAAAGCCGGAGACGGUUCGGAAUCCGUUCAGACCGCCUGGAGAACGCCGUCUUUCGGUUGAACCGGUGUCUUCAUCGAGGUUUUCAGAGCUUGCUUUUAUUUCUUUUGUUGCCCCUGAGAAGACAAAGAGGAAGACGUCGACUGACUGGGUUACUCUGAUUGGUGAGAUCCGAUUGAUCUGCGGAAUGCCUGUGAGAGUGGUGGAAAGUUCGGCACCUUCGCAAGUUUCAGGUGCGAGUUCUGGGCAUGUUCUCCCUCCAGCUUGUACACUUCUGAGCGCAGGACAGGCUUUUUCUGGGACUCAAAAUGUUUCUAAUCUACAAAAAGAUGAAGCAUGGAGGGUUAAUGUGCGAAUCCAAGGUUGUGACCUUGAUCAUGGUUAUCUAUGUGGCACUAUGGAGGCCCUUAAUGUUCCUUUAGCAGAGACACCAGUAGUAACAUUCUGGGAGGGAGAAAUUGUUGAUACCAAGAACUAUACUUUCUUCACUGGCAAGUGGGAAGCAACGCCAGAGCAUGAUGUACGGCACUGGUCCAAGUUUCCAUCAUUCUCUCCUCUUUUGAGUCAAGUAGAGAUUGAUGGUGGUAAAUCUUUGGACCUCAGCAGCUACCCAUAUAUAUUUAUGAGAUGGAAAGAACAGUACUUUGUGAAUGUUGGAAUCGAUUGUGGCUUGACUAUUGCUGGAUUUUACUAUGUGUGCUUCUCUUGUAGUGAUGGCUCUAUCAGUGGCUUCUAUUAUGACCCUAACAGCAGCCCAUUUCAGAAGCUUGAGCUGAAAUCCACAAAUGAAGGAAGAUCAGGUUUCAGCUUCUCAUCAUAUCAGUUACAAUAGAAUGUUUUCAUUCGGUUUCAUGUUGGUAAUAAGAGUUUUAGCUAUUAUUUUAAGAUGCUGUAUUCUUAUGAAAUAUAAGAAAACUUAUAGAACAAUGAAAUUUACAAGCAUAAGAUUUCACUAUUGUGAUUAUAGAAUUACGCCAUGAUUAUUGUGA